AUGAUCAAUGCUGAUGAUGUAUGUUGCAACUAUGAAUCUACAAUAUACGGACCUUCAAUGAAUGUGUCGACUACCCCUCUUGUUGCUGGACAGAGUAUUACGCUUAAUAUUACUGGUGUAUUCGAACAAGAUAUCAUUACAGAUACCAAUGUUUAUAUUGAAUUAGUAAUUAAUGAUUAUUCUUCUGAAAACUCUAACUCUGUCCCUGAAGUGUAUUCUGGUAAUCUGCAAAUUUGUAAAAACAAUGUUCCGUGUCCAGUCCCGGCUGGAAAAUACGUUGAAGCAAUUGUGGCAUUUAAAAUACCGGAUGGCACUGUCAUUGAAAAUCUUGCUAUUUUAUCUUAUAUUGGAUAUAAAGCUAAUAAUAAUGUUUUUAUUACUUACGGCUGUUCAUGUAAUUCGGAAAUGGAACUUCCUUGUAGUGAAUUGCAAUGA